GUGUGUCCACAGGAGCGAGACGGAAUGCGCGCCAUCCUGGGGUCCUACGACAGCGAGCUGACCCCGGCCGAGUACUCGCCCCAGCUGACCCGACGGAUGCGCGAGGCCGAGGACAUGGUGCAGAAAGUGCACGCGCACAGCUCGGAGAUGGAGGCUCAGCUGUCACAAGCGCUGGAGGAGCUGGGCAACCAGAAGCAGAGAGCGGACAUGCUGGAGAUGGAGCUGAAGGUGCUGCAGGCCCAGGCGGGCCCCACCGAGCAGAGCGUCCUGCUGUCCCGGGAGGAGGCGAGCGAGCUCAGGGUGAAGGUGGAGGAGCUGGAAGGGGAGCGCAGCCGCCUGGAGGAGGACAAGCGGAGGCUGGAGGCGCAGCUGGAGCACCUCACCCUGCAGGGCGACUACGACCAGAGCAAGACCAAAGUGCUGCACCUGAGCAUGAACCCGGCCCGCGAGGCGCAGCAGAGCCGCCGCCAGGACCAGGCGCGGCUGCAGGAGGAGUGUGAGCAGCUGCGGAAGCUGGUGUGCGCCCUGGAGGGGGGCGGCCCCGACGUGACCAUGGGGUCUGCCCAGGCCUCAGAGUGCGCGGGCGCGGUCCUGCCUCAGAGCAUCCCUGGUGUGGAGAAAAGCGCGUCCGUCAGCACGAAGGAGGGCCGUGGGGGCCCAGGCCUCCCGGAGGCCCUGCCACGGUGCCCGUGGGACCUGGGCCAGCGGGCACUGCAGCCUCUUGCCCACAGCCACCUGCUGGGGUGGGUGCGAAAGAAGGUGCCGGAAGCGGGGCCCAGCGUGGGUCCUGUGCACAUCGCGGGACGUGCAGGGGCCAAGUCGAGGGCUGCAGGGGGCCAGGCCAGGUGCACCGAGGGGGCAGGAGCCUGGCUCGCCUGGAGGCUCCCGGCCCAGCCCAGGCAGGGGCCUGGCAUCGACAGUGGCAGGGUGUUCCGUGGGCCAGCCUCGCUUGUUAGCGGGGACAGAGCAGGGUCUAAUGUGGGAAGAACCUGGUGGGUCCGUGAGCUGAGGAAGCAGGUGGAGAGCGCGGAGCUGCGGAACCAGCGGCUGAAGGAGGUCUUCCAGGCCAAGGUGCAGGAGUUCCGCAAGGUCUGCUACACGCUCACCGGCUACCAGGUGGACAUCACGCGGGAGAGCCAGUACCGGCUGACCUCCAUGUACGCCGAGCGCCAGGACGACUGCCUGGUCUUCAAGCUCUUCUCCUGGGACCCCUGCGUGCGGAUGGUGGUCGGCUGGCGCGUCUCAUGA